GAGACUUAGCCACUGGCAGAGCAAACAGCAUGAAUUCAAUGACUUCAGCAGGCCCCAUGGCCAAUUCUGCGUUUGUGAUGACACCCCAAAACGGGUAUCCUGUGAUCCCAGGGGGCAUGGCUCAGGUGCCCCUGUAUCCAAGCAACCAGCCCCAAGUCCAUCUAAUUCCCAGGAACCCACCCGGUUUGGAGCCAUCUGUGAGUGUGCAACCUACCCAGAGAGCCUUGAAAGAGGGCAAAGCCUUAGGGGCUGUCCAGAUCCUGAUCGGCCUGAUACACUUCGGCCUUGGCUCCAUUAUGGGGACCGUCCUUUCAGGGUGCUAUAUAGCUAUCUCGUUCUAUGGAGGCUUUCCCUUCUGGGGAGGCAUCUGGUUCAUCAUUUCAGGAUCCCUCUCGGUGUCAGCAGAAAAUUAUCCAAAAUCUUCUUGCCUGCUGAAUGGCAGCUUGGGCUUGAACAUCGUCAGUGCAAUCUGCUCUGUGGUUGGAAUCAUACUCUUCAUCACGGAUUUGAGUCUCGCCUCCACCUCUGCCUACACCGAGCGUUAUUAUUGUCACGCCUGGGGUGUGACCCCUGGAAUGGCUAUUUCUGCUGUGCUGCUAAUAUUCUGCCUUCUGGAGUUCUGCAUUGCAUGCACAUCUUCCCACUUUGGCUGCCAACUGGUCUGCUGUCAACAGAACAACGUGGGCGUGGUCUACCCAAAGGUUUAUGUGUCAAACCCAGUAGUCAUCACAGAACCAGCAAACCCGCCAUCAACUUAUUCCAACUAGCUCCAGACCUCCAAAUAAGCAAAGCCAAAUGUUCUAGAAGCAUCUUUCACUGGGACCAAAUGAAGACCUCCCCUUCCUGGGCUUCUGAAACCCAGGUUCUUCCUUCCCUAACAUUCUAAGGGAAAUGUCUUUCCAACUGCAUGCAUCCUGGACUUCAUUCAAUUCAGCCUGGUAAAUUGUGCUAUUCCUCUCUUAAAAAGGAGACAGGAAUUUAAAGUGGAUUU